AUGGCGGGUGGUGGUUUUGGCCCUGAUCCGGGCACUGGAAAAGCAUACCCUGGAAAUCUCACUGGUUAUGUCACUUUUACUUGCAUCGUUGCUGCCAUGGGAGGCCUUAUUUUCGGUUACGAUAUCGGGAUUUCAGGGGGUGUGACAUCUAUGGAUUCGUUCUUGGAGAAGUUUUUUCAUUCUGUAUACAUAAAGAAAAAUGAGGAUACGUCUACGAAUCAGUACUGUAAGUUCGACAGCGUUACAUUAACGUUGUUCACCUCGUCAUUGUACUUGGCUGCGCUGUUCUCCUCCCUGGUUGCCUCGUAUGUUACCCGAAAACUGGGGAGAAGACUUUCCAUGCUCCUCGGAGGUCUUCUCUUUUGCGCCGGAGCUUUGCUUAACGCCUUUGCUCGCGACGUCGCCAUGUUGAUCAUCGGCCGCCUUCUCCUCGGUUUUGGUGUCGGAUUUGCCAAUCAGUCGGUUCCGUUGUACCUGUCGGAGAUGGCGCCCUACAAGUAUCGAGGAGGGCUCAAUAUGUUGUUUCAGCUAUCAAUCACAAUUGGGAUCUUAGUGGCCAACGUUUUGAACUUCUUCUUCGCCAAGAUCACGUGGGGAUGGCGGCUGAGCUUGGGCGGCGCCGCCAUCCCGGCGGUGUUCAUCAUCAUCGGCUCCAUCAUCCUCCCGGAGACACCCAACUCCCUGAUCGAGCGCGGCAACCACGACGUGGCCAAAGAGCGGCUCAAGAGGAUCAGGGGAAUCGACAACGUGGACGAAGAGUUCAACGACUUGGUCGAGGCGAGUGAGGCCUCCCGGAAAGUGGAGCAUCCAUGGCGGAACAUGUUGCAGAGGAAGUACAGGCCGCAGCUAACUAUGGCGAUCAUGAUCCCAUUUUUUCAACAGUUUACGGGGAUUAACGUUAUCAUGUUCUACGCUCCCGUGCUGUUCAACACCCUGGGCUUCGGGGAUGAAGCUUCGCUUGUGUCCGCUGCCAUCACCGGCGCUGUUAACGUUUUUGCCACCUUUGUCUCCAUUUACUACGUCGAUAAAUUGGGGCGUAGGUUCUUGUUCCUCGAGGGUGGCAUUCAGAUGUUGAUCUGUCAGGUGGUGAUUGCCAUCUGCAUUGGGGCGAAAUUCGGGGUGACUGGAUAUGCCGGCGAUUUACCAAAGUGGUUCGCCUUUGUGGUGGUGGCUUUCAUCUGCAUUUACGUGGCCGCAUUCGCAUGGUCAUGGGGGCCUCUGGGGUGGCUGGUUCCCAGCGAGAUCUUCCCACUGGAAAUCCGAUCCGCCGCGCAGAGCAUCAACGUGGGAGUCAACAUGAUCUUCACCUUCAUCAUCGGACAGGUGUUCUUGAUGAUGCUGUGCAGCAUGAAGUUCGGGCUGUUCCUGUUCUUCGCCGCCUUCGUGGUGGUGAUGACGGCGGCGGUCUACUUCUUCCUGCCGGAGACCAAGAACAUCCCCAUUGAGGAGAUGGUGGUUGUUUGGAAGGAGCACUGGUACUGGAAGAGGUUCAUGACGGGGGUUGAUUUUCCGGGGAAAACAGCGCCGGAGGUUGAAAUGGGGAUCGGAGGAGAAGGUGGGCACAAGAAUGUGUGA